CUACACCUACAUCCUACAUCUACAUCUUACAUCUUCAUCUAAUCUUAUUUUGACACAUAUCGCCGCGACACUUUCCCCUUCGCCAUUAAAUCACCGAUAUUGUUUGUGACCUUGUGUCUUCCCGGAUGACAUACCCCCCUCCCUCCGGUUAGCGAGCAUGUGAAAAAGGAGAAAAACGAAGGCCAUCCGCUCAAGAACUCCCCCUGAACAUGUGCCAAUCCUUUCCCAUGCAAACUCUCUCAAGUUGCUUACGAUAGGAAUGGAGUCUUGGGUGGCUAUUUGCGGGUUAUUCGCCGCAGUCGUGAACAUGAUGUUGGACGUCGCGCAAUUUUGGAAAGAAAGGUUAUUGUCAUGGUGGAGAUCGAAAUCGCCCCGCAGCAGACUGCGAUACCGCCUAGCUAACGCCCAAACGUACAAAGAAUGGGAGGAAGCUGCUUUCGAGUUGGAUGAGCUUCUGAGUAUGGAUCUGUGGCGCCAAAACCCAACAAGCCGUCAUUAUGAUUAUCGACUCAUUCUGGGCCGGCUGGAGGCCUUGAUGGGUGCUCGAGAGGACGAAGAUAUCUUGACAUUGGUCAAUCUCCUUCGCUCCGGACUUGUCCGCAAUCUAGGCAACAUCACCUCUCCCAGACUGUCGCUCCACGCUUAUGCUGGUACAAAGCUCCUGAUAGACGAUUAUAUCACCCAGGUUGCACUUUCCAUUCAGCAUGUGACAGCUCUGCAGACAGCCACUGUUUCUGAAGGUAGAUUUGACUCUCAAGCUAAACUAGAGCUACUACACGACACCCGGCAGGCCUUUGGCAGAACGACGCUCCUUUUGCAAGGCGGGUCCAUCUUUGGGCUAUGUCAUUUGGGCGUGGUGAAAGCCUUACACUUACAAGGUCUCUUGCCUAGGAUCAUUACAGGGACCGCCACUGGGGCACUCAUCGCAGCCCUCGUUGGUGUUCAUACAGAAGAUGAAUUGCUGACCUUCCUCAAUGGUGAUGGCAUUGAUUUAACCGCCUUCGAUCGCCAACGGAAAAUGAGACUUGAUACCGGAAACAGUCAGUGGCUACCAUACACUACGGGUGACAGUUGGUUGUGGACUUUGCUUCGACGACUUCAACGGUACAUUCAGAAAGGGUACUUUCUUGAUGCCGAGGUCUUAGAAGAAUGUGUCCGAGCAAAUCUUGGUGACCUAACAUUUGAAGAAGCGUACGCACGAUCGAAACGCAUCCUCAAUAUCACGGUGGCGACGUCGGACAAGGGCGGUACUCCCAAUCUGCUCAAUUACCUGACCGCACCGAAUGUGUUGAUUUGGUCAGCAGCAGUGGCCUCAAACGCAUCGUCAAACUCACUCUAUCGGCCUGUUACAAUCUACUGUAAAGAUGAAACUGGCUCUAUUGUCCCGUGGGGUCUUUCGCGACAUGGUUUCACCCAGUCGGGGCGCCGCACAGAGUACACGGAUGCUGAAUCACCGCUAGCCCGAAUUGCUGAGCUGUUUAAUGUGAAUCACUUCAUUGUGUCGCAAGCCCGACCAUACCUCGUCCCCUUUCUCCGGUCCGACGUGAAUCUUCUAGAUCGCCGUCCCACGGGGCAGUGGAGUAUCACCCGGUCACUGAAGCGCUUGGUCGCUACUGAGAUUCGCCACCGGCUGAGACAGCUCGAUUAUGUUGGUCUUCUGCCACAAGCGCUCGCACGACUUCUCAUUGAAGAGACUAUCCCUGGCCCCAAUCUUACACUGGUUCCGGAUCUCUCAUUGAAGGACUUUACCAAAUUAUUCCAGAACCCAGACAAGGAGUCCUUGGCUCAUUGGAUCCUAAAGGGCGAGAGAGGGACAUGGCCUGCAGUCAGCGCCUUGAAGGUCCGUUGCGUUGUCGAAAUCGAAUUGGACAAGGGCUACCAGGUUGUUCGUCGACGACGACCAGCUGAGAACCCUUCUUCCUCUGUCCAACAUACUAUGGGUCAGCGCCGCAUGCCAAAUGAAGGGAUCCCGAGGAAGUGGAAAGGGUAUAGUAUCGAUCGCGACAGGGAUAUGACAGGUUUAUUGGGAAAUUUCGAUCAUCAGCAGGACGUUCUCAAUCCGUGAAAGCUUUUGUAUCAAGUUUCCUACUUGCUUACGUAUGUUCUGAUGAAGAUUGGACUACAUAGUUGAUUAAUCAUGUAUGCGCUUUUCCAGCCAUAGUGUAAAACCGAGGAUGAUUCUCUCAUUUCUCAACCUUACCUAGGGAAGGGUUGUAUUAGCUGUAAGUCAAGCUUGUUGAAUUUAGAAAGUAGAAUUUUCAUACUUUGAU